CCUCGUCGUAUAGAAGCAGCCAAGCAGGCUCCUUGCAUCUCCUCUCGCCUACCAAAUCAACGCGUUUUGAAGCAACGUUCGUUCCCUUUCCCUCCAUUUCCUUCCCCAAGGGUUAAACCCCGCCCAGCCAAUCUCCGAUGCCGAUCACCCGCCGCCUCCGCUUCGCGAUCCCCCUUCUUGCCUUCUUCUUCAUUUCGACCUCCGCCGACGAGCUCUCUGGUAAAAAAGUCGUUUCCCAUCCUGGCAAGCUUAAACUCCCCCCCGGCCGGCCGGUGGAGGGCUCCCCCGGCUCCCGUCUCGGCUCCGUCAUGACCUGCAACCGGGUCCACAUCCACGGCGUCUCGAGGCUCCGCCAUCCAACCAAGUUCGCCCAUUCGCUCAAGGUCCGGCUCUCCGUCACCCAGCGCGACGCCCUCUUCCGAAUCCAGACCAUCGAGCUCUGCUUCCAUCAGAAUGCGUCAAUUGGGUUAGGGAUGUGCCCUCCUGGUGAGUGGCAGAAGCUUUCCAAGAAUUUAUGGGUUCAAUCCAUGUCGCCGUACGGAUACAAGAUUUUGGACAUACGGAUGCUGCCGGAUCCAUCAAGGACAAUCGAGAUAUCCACUGAAGAAGAGUUCUUGUUUCAUCGACUAGUGUUUUUGGUCCUGGGGAUGAUUAUGAUGAUGAUGGCCCGUUUUCUUAGCGAGUCAGUGGUUUUCUAUUACGGUGGGGCGAUGACAUUGGGUAUCAUCGUGGUGAUAUUGAUGCUCCUUUUCCAGGGCAUGAGGCUAUUACCGACGGGUCGAAAGAGUUCACUUGCAAUAUUUAUGUACUCGUCAGUUGUGGGCCUUGGGGCCUUUCUUCUACGAUAUCUAUCUGGGUUAUUGCGUACGAUACUUGUGGAGAUAGGAAUCAGUGAAGACAUGCACAAUCCUCUGGGUAUACUACUUUUUUGUAUGCCUCGUACUAGCUGGGAGCUUGGUUUGGUUAUUGGGGUGUCCGCAAACUUGUACUUUUGCAGGCGGAUGAUCAAGAGCAUUAACAGAACUCGAGCUCGAACUUCACCCUCCAAAAGUUCUCAUGCUGAAUACUCACAGUUUCAGGGUUCAGGUUCUGGUUCCGCCAGGCCUCGAGCCAGAAAUUUGAACCAGGCUUCUUGCAAUUCCCCAGUCUUUGGCUUAACAAAUAGACAGCCGCGGUUGCUAUUUGAGGAGAGUUAUUAUUCGACCUUUCACAACACCCCUGAGAGGAAGAAAUUCUCAGAGGAAGAAUGGGAUAUGAUUACUAAAGAACACACAAACAAAGCUUUGAAAGAGUUAAUCUCUUCUCCUGAUUUCAAUCAGUGGGCAUUAGCCAAUGCUGAAAGAAUUGUUGUGACACCACCACAAGAUCGCAAACAUGAAAAAAGGCGGCGCAUUUUUGGAUGGUUGUAA